GUGCCCGGGCCACGUCAGGUGCCCGGAUGCGGAAGAGCUGUGUCGUGGUCCCGUGUUUAGCGUGUUCGCUGUGCCCUGAGUGAGCAGCCUGUGUCCGCGCUGUGCCCCAAGUGAAGUAAUCCAAAGAAUGUGGCAAUGUGGUGACAAAUAUCACUGGCUUAAUUAAUAAUUGUUAUAUACUGCAUUGAGUCACGUGUUUGCUAUCUCUGUGAUCCUUGACUUGUAAUAUUCCCUCAUCAAAAUGGAUGGCAUCACAAUUUCAGAUUGCAAAGAGUUACUUUGUGGACAGACAAAGGCAGAAUAUGAAAUGUCAGCCUGUCAGAUUGUGACUUUCGAGUUGAAUCAUGCCUCUCUAGAAAAUAUGCUUAUUAACACAAUAUCAGACUCCAAGAUGUGUUUUGAAGUUCCAUUAGCAGAGCAGGCUGCCAUUGUGACAGAGGAUUUAAAUGCAUUUCAUGUAGAUAAUUUCAGCAACAAACCACAACCCUCUGACAAAUCACUUGUGUUCACAGCAAUUAAGCAAACAAUAGAACAACUGGACUCGGCUGGAGAAUCUGUUAUUACAAUCAUUGUGCCAGAUGGAAUUUCAGAAAAGCAGCCUGUUCUGACAAGCCAGGUCAUUUUGGAUGAUCGACAGUCCGCUAAUGAAGAAAUCUUUGAUGUUGAAAAUACAUUUUCCAAGGAAUCAAGCACAGCUGAUGAGCUGCUAGAAACCGAGCAUUCAUACUGCAAACAGGAUUUUGACAGAAAUCAUCUCUGGCAAACCAUCGCUAAACUGCAGUCUAAAAUAGCACUUCUGGAAGUGCAGGAAAAUGUAACACUCUCUCGUCUAAGAUCACUGGAAACUCUCAUUGCACAAUUGAGGCAGGAGAAUUUGCUGUCAGAUGAAAAGAUAAAAAUAAUUGACAGCUGUCUGGAUAGUUUUGAUGUUGCUAUGGUGCAAUAAAUCAUGUCAAAAUUGUAUUUAAUU